AUGCCUUCUCUCGAACUGAAAACGAAUGCUGUUAUCCCUGAUCUCAAGGCCUUUGCGCUUGAGUUCUCCAAGGAAUCAGCUCGCAUCCUUGGAAAACCCGAGUCGUACAUUACUGUCAGCGUUACGCCUGUUCCCAUCAUGACCUUCGCUGGGACGACUGAUCCUGCUUUCACGUUAUUUGUGAUCAGUCUCGAUAACAUCAACCCAGAGAAGAAUGAGCAGUAUAGCAAAGAGCUGGCUGCUUUCUUGAAGAAGACCCUUUCCUUGUCGCACGACAGGGGAUACAUCACGUUCCUGGAUCCCGGAAGGGCAUACCUGGGCUACCAGAGCACCACCUUUGCUACGAUCUUUGGAAAGUAAAUGUUGUGAAACGGAGGUUGAAGUUCAUACUGAAAUUGUAUUUGUACAAUCGAAAUCAUUUGUGAAAACGGAAUAAUGCACCAGAAUAUUCCGAGGGCCACAGCACGAAAUUCUCGUCCUCAGAAAUUUCAGGAGAACCAACAAAACCAAAAAUUUCGCUUUACAAGAGCAGGGGCCACU